AUGAGCUCCGAGUGCAGCAGCUACCUCAACGCCGACAGGGUGCUGGUGAGCGGCUUCAGCUGCCCGCGGGUGGGAGGCGAUGCCCGCGCCGUGUACUGCUGCGGCUUCCAGGACGUCAAGUACUGCUGCGAUGACCCCCACAGCUUCUUCCCCUACGAGCACAGCUACAUGUGGUGGCUCAGCAUUGGAGCGCUUGUGGGCCUGUCAAUAGCAGCGGUGGUCCUGUUUGCUUUUAUCAUCACUGUGUGUGUUCUCUGUUAUUUGUUCAUCAGCACAAAGCCACACAGCAAACUGGAUACUGGUUUAAGCCUACAGAUGGCAGAUAUGGAACUGCAUCCUUCACAUUGUGGCUACCAAAACAAGCUGUUGACAGAACCAAGUGGCUUCAAGAGAUAUUUCCUCAGACACAAGGAUAGACUGUGACCCACAAGAACCUCACCAACUUUUCCAGAGUUUUUUUCCUGGCUGCUGUAAUUGCAGCUGAUUACAAGACGUCAACCUGAGCUGUGCCAGGAUAUGCAUUUCUGUAUGAUUACUGUACU